UGCGGCGGGGCGGGGUUUUGGGUUGGAAAACAUAAAUUCGGGCUCUGGGGGGGUGCGAGCGCUGCUGGAUCCCCGGAGUGCUCCUGCCGGUCCUCCCGGGCUCGCCCUUCCAGCGUGUCCCGGUGCCCCCCCGCCCUGCGGGGUCACGGUUGCUGUACCGUGGCCGUGCUGUUCCUGGCAUGUGCCCGCUUGUCAGGGAUUGCCAAGUCGCUUUGGGGACUCUGUUCCUGGGAGUAGCCAUCCAUGAGUUAUUUUCAGAGCCAGUGCCCCCGGAGCUGGGCGUGCCCCGAAGUGCGGUGCCGCUCCCGCCUCGGUGCCGCUGCCAUCGCAGGCAGCAUCUUGUGCCCUUCCAGCUCAUAUUUAGAACUCUCCCCUGGGUCUCCUUUGUAACCGCCUCCUCUGAUUUCCCCACGAUUACAGGAUUUCUGCAUUUAGGUGGCCUUAGGACUGCUUUGUACAAUUAUAUCUUUGCCAAAAAGCACCAAGGGACCUUUAUUUUAAGAGUGGAGGAUACAGAUCAGAAUCGAGUGGUGCCUGGAGCUGCAGAAGGAAUAGAAGAUAUGUUGAACUGGGCAGGUAUUCCCCCGGACGAGAGCCCCGGGCGGGGCGGCCCCGCCGGGCCCUACGUGCAGUCGCGGCGGCUGGAGCUGUACGGGCAGGCCAGCGCGGCGCUGCUGGCCAGCGGGGCCGCCUACCGCUGCUUCUGCAGCCCGCAGCGCCUGCAGCUGCUCCGCAGGGACGCGCUGCGCAGCCAGCAGACCCCGCGGUACGACAACCGGUGCCGGCACCUGACGGCCACAGAGGUGGCCCAGAAGCUGUCCCAGGGCCUGGACUGUGUCAUCCGCUUCCGCCUGGAGAAGGGCGUGGAGCCCUUCCAGGACCUGGUCUACGGCUGGAACAAGCACGAGGUGGCGGAGGUGGAAGGUGACCCCGUGAUUCUCAAGGGGGAUGGCUUCCCCACGUACCACCUGGCCAACGUGGUCGAUGACCACUACAUGGGCAUCACCCACGUCCUGCGUGGCACCGAGUGGCUGGCUUCGACUUCCAAGCACCUGCUUCUCUACAAGGCCUUUGGCUGGGAGCCGCCUCAGUUUGGCCACCUGCCGCUGCUGCUGAACAAGGACGGUGGCAAGCUGUCCAAGAGGCAGGGGGACAUCUUCCUGGAGCGCUUUGCUCGGGAUGGCUUCCUGCCAGAGGCACUGCUGGACAUCAUCACCAACUGCGGCUCGGGCUUCGCAGAGAAGCAGAUGGGGAGGACUCUGGAGGAGCUGAUCUCCCAGUUUGAAGUAGGCAGAAUUACAACUCACUCUGCUCUCCUGGACCUUGAAGCGCUCCCAGAAUUCAACAGGAUUCACCUCACCCGUCACAUUGAGAACCAAGGGCUGCGCCAGAAGCUGGUCAGGGAGCUGCAGGGGCUGGUGGAGCUCAUCUAUGGGGAUCAGCAAGUGGAUCCAGAUGUUCUAGAAAAUGAAUUUGUGGAGCGAGUCCUUCUGCUGAGAAAAGGUCACAUAAGCCUCCUGAAGGAUCUGGUGUCAAGUGAUUACUCCUACCUGUGGGUCAGGCCCUCGGUGUCCCGGCAGCAGCUACAAACAAUUUCUGCAGAAGUAGAUAAAAUAGGAAAACUGGUCUUAGGGCUCCUGACAAGGCCAGCAGCUGCCUUGACUGUGGAGGAGUUGAACAAAGAGCUGAGAAGUGUGCAGAAGCAAACCAGGGAGACCAAGUACAGCAGCAUGAUGCAGCUCCUGCGCCUGGCGCUCAGCGGGCGGCAGCACGGCCCGAGCGUGGCAGAGAUGAUGGUGACCCUGGGAGCUGAGGAGGUGUGUGGCCGCAUACACAGAGCCCUGGCCAGCUGACAGGGACGCCGGUGACGCUGCCAUGCCACGCACUGGGGUGGUGCAGGUGGCACCUGCGUGAUCAGCUCUGAGCAGACGAGCUGGGCUUCAGGCCAGGCAGGUGUCUGGGCUGGUCCCACGUCUGUAGGAACCUGCACUAACCUCAAACCACUUCGUUUGGGAGAGGAACCAAGUCCAGAUUCAACUCUGUCCUGCCGUCGCCUUGUGCAAGGAGCCUGCUUGGCAGGGCGGGAGAAGACUACACGUAUCAGCAUUUAAAUUCAGACCAUGUGGACAGAAAGUAACUGAACUGCUGAAAGCAACAGAUUCUUUUUGGAGAGGGCCUACAGCUACACAACGUGGUUCCCCAAUAAAUACAGAGGGGGGUAUUUUUAUAUAUUUAUAUAUAUAUGUAUGUAUAUUAUAGCUGUUGCCCUCUUAGCUACCCUGGUGUCCUACCAGGCUCAGUGAGCUGCUCAGAGGGGGCUUUCCUGUGUACUGUGUCAUGCACGUGGUUCUGCUAAAAACACCUCUGAUCAGGAGAUUGGGAUGUUUUAUCCUCUUUUGUCUGAUGCCCUUUUAAUUAUUAAAUCAGUGUGGUGAGUUGGA